CCUCUAGGCUGGACAAAUGGGCGUUCUUGGCCUAUAAUAUAUAUAUGCAAGUGUGGUUUUCCUUAAUUAAUUCUCCCAAAAGUCAUCCAUCGAUUCAUUCUCAGAAAGGAUACGUGGAGGUGUCGACACCAACAAGAUUGAUCAAGUAACGUACUAUCUCAUAUUAUUUAUUUAUUUAUUUACGUAUAUGCAUGCGCACGUAGCUUACAUGUGUUUGGUUCAAGCAUCAAGCUAGGGAAUUUAAACUAUACAAUAAUGAAUUAAUGAGUAUGGAAUCAAGUGUAGUUUUCUGUUUUAGUAGAGAGGAAUGCCUAGCUAGCUAUGUGCUUUGUAUAUAUACUGAUUAAUUAGUGCUUGGCUAGGGUCUAUAUGCAUAAUGUUUCAAUUAUAUAUAGUCUACAAGCCAACAAGCGUUUAAUCUAGUGAUAAUACCAGUAGUUUUGAAUCUGAAGGUCUCAUAUUCAAAUGUGUUUGGUAGAACCAAACUAUGAGAAUCAACCUAUGUUGCCCUUAUCAAAAACGAAACUAUGGUCUGCAAAAUCAUAUCGCUUGAAAGAAAAACUACUGUUUAGGCAAACGGUUAAUUUAAGGUUUAAAUAGUGAUUUUUUAUAUACUAAAUGUAUGUAAUAUCCCCAAAUCUAAUAGGUCACCAUGAAGCCACUAUAUAUAUAAACAGUAUGAUGAGGGUAUAACUACAAAAUCAUGUACCACCCGAUACAAUAGCACGUAAAAGGAAUUGAAGUGUAUUUUGGAACGUUCAUUCCUCGAAAUAAACCAUAUAAUCAUGUGAAAAAGAUCCAAAAAGAUCUUAAUAAAUUAGGGAUUCUUUGUUUUUUAUACAUAAGGCUACAUGAAAUAUAUUUUUCAUUAUACUUUUAAAAAUAAUUUUUCCUGUUAUAACUAAAAAAUGACCUUUCAUCCCUACACAUUCAUGUCAUGAACCAGUUGGUCUCAAUAACUCGAGUUGUUGGGAGAAGGUUAUGUUGGAUCUUAUACCACACUCUAACACGCCCCCUCAAACGAAAGCCAACCCACGGGCUUGAAGUUUUCACAGGCUCACAAUACCUUGUGCUUUAAUCAACUGUUAGUAUUUGGGGUCGUGGAGGUUCGAACACACGACAACUUGGUCAAACCAACUCUGAUACCAUGUCAUGAACCAGUUGGUCCCAAUAACUCGAGUUGUUGGGAGAAGGUUAUGCUGGAUCUUAUACCACACUCUAACAAUUCAUUCUGUUGACAUUUUGUGAUGAUCAAAUGCAUUUUGUAAUGAUCGUAUGUGUUAGUUUAUUUGCUUGAGAAAAUUAGUGUAUAUUUUAAAUAACUAUAUGAGAGUCAAAUUUUAACUAUUGUUUACACGAUAACUAAGUGACGUAGUCGAAUAAUUGAUUAUUCAAUGACUGACUGCUUGAUUGUAUGUAUAUAAUAAAGGAAACGUACUAUAUAAUUGACUACAAAAAAUCAUUCAUAAAUGAGACGCCACUAUAUAAUUAAACCAUGUCCCAAUGGGCAUAACUCUUGGUUAUAUUUAUGCAACUCAUAGUUUUGAAGAAAAUUAUUAAUAUUUAUCACAACCCUACCACAUAAAAAUCAUCUGCCAACUCAAAACUUCUUCUCUCCCAACUCAAAUCGAUCCUUUGUAUAACUAACAUUUGUUACUAUAUACAAAAUUCAUUUAACAUUUUUUAUAUUUAAUCUAACAAUUUAAUAACUUAAUUAAUAAUAUCAAACCUUACUUCAUAUCUAAGUAUAAUAUUAACGCAAACAAUUUUUUAUUACUAAUCUAGGUAUUAAAAAAAUUAAUUAUCUUCAUUUAAUGAAUUUCAUUUGUAAGUAAAUACAUGAUCAACACAAUCUAAAAUAUCAUACCUACAGCCCUUUACCCUACAUACUGCUAAAUAUCGCCACAAUGUGCAUUGAAAAAGUAAGAUUCGUUGCAAAUUUUCACUUUCUGCGACGAAUUUCUUAGUGUUGAAAUAGAAUAAGUCUAACAUAAUAUAAAAAAUUUAAACAAAUUUUAAAAAUGACUUUUCAUGUUUGAUGAUAAAUUAAAUUUUUAAAAUAAUACUGAUCAAAAUUUCUAUGUAAAUAAUAAAGGCCUAAUGCCAGAAAAUGACCCAUAGUUUAGACUUUCUGUCAUUUGUAUCCUCAUGUUUGUCUCGUGUCAGUUGUGUCCCAAUGUUUAGAAUCUUCCUGUCAAGAUUGUGCUAUGUCCUUUCAUUGACUGUUAGACUUAACAGUCAAACAAACGGCUGUCAACAUUUUAUUAACUUUGUGCCAACAUGUUUGCAAUGUCAUCAACACAUCAGAGUAUAAUAAUUUUAAAUAUUAAUUAAAAAUAUAAAAAUUCAACCACACCACAUAUAUUCCUUUAUACCCCAAAUUAACAAAUACCUUAAUGCAAAACUUUUUCGUAAGUGAUGUGGCAAAAUAAUCAGCAUCAUCUGACACAUCAUCUGUUAAUAUUGACUAUUGACUACUAAUGGUCAAAGUUAACGGAGAUAAAACAAUCGGACACAACUUACACGGGACAAACAUAGAGGUACAAGUGAUAGAAAGUGUAAAGUGUAAACUAUGGGUCCUUUUAUGGUAUCUAUGGGUCCUUUUAUGGUAUUAGGCCAAUAAUAAAUAAAGUUAAAUUUUUAAAUAAUCAAAAUUAUUUAAAUGAAAUUACAUAAGAUUAUAUCAUGAUGGUCUGGGAUUGUGUAAUUGGUGGCAUGAAUAUAUCAAAGUAUAGAAUAGUUGUAUAAAUGAUAGUACGAAGAUACGUUUCAAAUGGAAAUUAAUAAGAGAACUAUACAUCACCAGAAAAGCAAAUUAAUAAGAGAGUGAACCAAACAUCAUUUUACCGCUUCCCUUAGCGUAAUGAGUUCGAUUAUAAUACAUUAUAUUUUUUUGAUGAGGAUGAUAUAAUAUUGUUUUUAUUAUAAGGAGUUCAAUUUGCUGACGAACAAAAAGUAUUGUGACCCCCUCCUGUUUAGUUAAUCCUGCAUGGAAAAAUAACAAACACCAGCUAAAUAGAAGUGCAAACUUACUUAUAACAUUUUGGAUUUUGCUACGGUGAGAUGCAUGUCACCGUGACAUGGACUUUUCGGUCGACCUAAUUCUAAAGGUGGUCGACCGAAUUGACUAAUUUUGACAGCACGAGAAAACAUUGCGGUCGACCUAAUCCUAAAGGAGGUCAACCUCAAUUCGUAGCAUAAUUGAUGAGUCCUUGUUAUCAUUAUUUAUGACUAGUUAUGAUGGUUUAAAGCGUAAUUUAUUCGAGCAAAAGAACCACACAAAUCGACAUACAUAAGCAAAAAAGACACGGGGCAUAGGUUGACUUUCUUGUAUUCGGCCGACCUCGUACCGGAUUAGGUCGACCUCGACACCAACACUUGAUCUUCAUUUUACGUCAAAUGAUUGGAUAAAUUGAUAGAACACUUAUAGUCUAUUUGGUCGACCUCUUUCUUUAUCUGGUUGACCAUGUUGUUAAUGACUGCCAUCAAGUGGUCGACCUAUAUACCUUUACGGUCGACCAUGUUGUUUCUCACGCCAACGAAAUGGCCGACCGAGGUUUAUCCUGGUCAACCAAAAAUAACAACUUAAGCUAAGAACGGUCGACCAGGUGGUCUUUGAGGUCGACCGCAAUGCUUUCUCGUGCUGCCAAAUUAGUCAAUUCGGUCGACCGCCUUCAGAAUUAGGUCGACCAAAAAGUCCAUGUCACGGUGACAUGCAUGUCAUAGUAGGCAUACCCUAACAUUUUACAUGUUUAUAUAAACAGUUGUAUAAAUAUCACAAUUAUAAACCUAAAAAUUAGUCUUACAAUCAUUACAAAGAAAGGCAAUGCACAAAUUUAUACUAAAAAUAAGUAAAAAAAUUGCAUAUUAUAAUUAGAUGUAUACUAAAGAUGUAUAGUUUUGAUUGAGAAUGAAAGAAUGCAUUAUUUAUACUAUAAAUUAACUGUAUAUGGAUAAUAGAUCUCACAAAAAAUGUUGGUGUAUACAUCGUUUCCCAUGUAUUAAGAAUACCUUAUUUAUUCUCAAUACAUGUAUUAUGUGAUUAAAUCAAGUAAAAAAAUAUUGUAUUUUGGAAGAUAAAUAUAUACUCAGAAUGCAACAUUUAUAAUCGGAUGUUCCAAAGGAAUAUUCUAUGCAAUAUAGUGUUUUAUCUUUUUUGUUAGGAAAUACCACAACUAAAUAACUUAUGUAAAUAUUCUUACCAAACAAGACAUGCUUCAUGUGAUAAGCCCCAAAUAACUCGUAUAUAGAUGCUGCGAAAGUGAACAUAAAUCUAAACAACUUGUUUUUUUCUUUCAUAUGCAUAUUGCAGAAAUGGAGUGUUGCUUCUGUGGCAUAAGGGCAUGUGCGAAAGUGAUCCUAGCUCCUAUUCGCAUACCCUACAAAUUAUGUUGUGGAAGUAAGAGUAACACCUCACCCCAACAUCCACACGAUCCUUCCCCUAUCUCUAAACAACCAUCAAUAUCAUCAUUGGCAAAAUCGUCCCUUCCACUCGGGAACUAUGAGGUGUUCUUAAACUUUAGAGGUCCAGACACGCGUCAUCAGUUCACCGUCUUCCUCUUCAACACUCUCGACAGCGUUAAGAUUCGUACAUUCAUGGAUGAUAACGAUCUCUACCAGGGGGAGGAAAUAGGGCCCAGCCUGGUUAAGUCUAUUGAGCAGUCCAAAAUCUACGUGGUGAUAUUAUCGGAGAAGUAUGCCGAGAGUAAGUGGUGCCUCAGGGAGCUUGCUAAAAUCGUCGAAUGUCGAGAGCGUGACAAAAGGCACAUCAUACUUCCUAUUUUCUACCUGGUGGACCCUUUCGAAGUGAAACACCAAGCCGGUCCUUACGAAAAAGCAUUUCAACAGCACGAGAGGAACUGCGCUCCCGAAAUCGUGCAAAGUUGGAGAAAGGCUUUGGAGUUGGUUGGACAUCUAAGCGGAUGGCACGUCCAGAGAACAGACCAGCAUAAAGAUACAUUAGAUGGUGUUUCCAAGACGAUAUUAUCGUUGAUAAGGAGAAAUGACAAUCUUCUAGAUACCAGUGACCUUGUUGGGAUAGAUGAACAUGUGAAAGCAAUAACAGAGAAAUUGAGCUUAGAGUCUCCCGAUUUGACAAUGGUUGGCAUUCAUGGAUUUGGUGGUAUAGGCAAGACCACCAUCGCAAGAACAGUCUAUCAUAAACUUGGUGACGAGUUCGAACGACAAUGUUUUCUACAGAACAUACGAGAAAAACAAGAGGUUGAUAAGGAUGCUGCCAUCGAGUUGCAAAAGACGCUAAUCUCCAGCGUUAUGAUGAGAAAGGAUUUUACUGUAUCUAUAAACAGUGUUGAAGAAGGAAGAAAGCUGAUACAAGACAGGGUUACCCCUUUCAUCAUUCUAAUCGUUCUCGAUGACGUGGACGAGAAGUUUGACUUUAAGAAAGUUCUGGGAGAUGUUAAGAAUUUUGCUCGUGGAAGUAGAUUCAUCAUUACUUCUAGAAACAUAAAAGUCUUGAGUUCUUUCAAUGAAAAUAAGUGCAAGUUGUAUGAAGUUGGACCGUUGAAUCGACAACUCUCACUUCAACUCUUUUGCAAGCAUGCAUUCGGAGAGGAUGGCCCUCAAUCGGGCUUUGAAACCUUGGCAAAAAAAAUUGUGAAAAAAAUAAAUGGAGUCCCGUUAGUGCUCGAGGUUAUAGGUUCCAGCUUGUUGAAGGAAGAAAAAUCAUUUUGGGAGGGCACACUAGCACAAAUAGAAAAAAUACCUCCGAAAGAAAUCAUACAAACGUUGAGGAUAAGUUACGAACAGUUGGACUACGAGGCUCAACAGAUGUUUCUGGAUAUUGCUUGUUUAUACAUUGGCGAAAAUAAGGACUUAGCCUCGUACAUGUGGAGUGAUAUCGGGUUCUAUCCAGAAACGAGAAUCACUCUACUUAUUCACCGAUCCCUGAUUAAAAUUGGUGAUGACAAUAAGUUUCAAGUGCACGAUCAACUAAGAGAUAUGGGAAGAGCAAUCGUGCGUGAGGAAAGUUUCGAGCAUCCCUGGAUGAGGAGUCGAGUAUGGAACAAGAAGGAAGCUGUGGAGCUACUACAAUACAAAAAGGGAUCAUCCAAUGUCAAAGCACUAAAUUUGGAGGAUGAAUAUGAAACUGGAAAGCUUACAUGCGAGUAUUUCCAGAAUUUAUCGGAGCUAAGAUAUUUCGAGGCGCAUGGUGUUGCAUUUGAAGGAGACUUCAACGAAAUUCUUCCAAACAUACGAUCGCUUUGCUUGCGUGAGCAUAAAAAUGAGGGUUGCUAUCCAACCAAUUUUCAGAUGAGAAAUUUGGUCACUCUUGAUCUCGAGGACUCCGGGGACUUAAAGAGUGACUGGGGAGGUUGGACCCAACUCAAGACGGCCAAGAAACUGAAAUUUCUGAACCUUUCUGGUUGUAGUUCCCUCACCAGACUUCCUGAUCUCCCACAAUCAGGAAGUUUGGAGGGGCUUAACCUUUCAGAAGUCAGUAAUUUGGAUCCAGACGUGGAGCUGAAUGUCGGAGGUUUAUGGAACCUAAAACAGUUGUAUCUAAACGACGUCAAACUGAAGAGAAUAAGCGGCGGAACGAUCGGAACGAUGAAGAAGCUUCAGGUGCUUGAUGUCAGCGACCUCGAGUGUGAAAAUCUGGAGGAAGUGCUUGCUGACAUCGUUGAAUUGUCUUUUUUGGAGACCCUGACGACGAUCAGGCCGUUGACAGAUGAGCUCCAGGAUAUAGAUGACUUGACGCCGAGUGACAUAGAGGAGAUUCUAAAGAUUACCAAGCCAGAAGAUGAAAGCGACCGAAAAGAGGCGGUGCCACUAGGGCAGCUUCCCACGAGCCUGAAACGAUUACGAACUUCGUCUCCGGUUGUUAAUCUCUCGGAGCUGUUGAAACUCAAGGUACUGACGGUCCAAGAUUGUUAUGAUCCCAAGCUCCACAUCCCCUCCGUCGAGGAUUCGUGGUGGAAGAAAUCUAAACUCAAGCAUAUAACUUUGAUCAACACCAACAUAGACAUUGCUUCUUCUUCUUCUUCUCCUCUUCCUCGACUCCCGUCGUCUCUGGAAUUUCUCAUCAUUUGGGAUUGCUUGGAAUCCAAGUGGCUCCCGACUUUGGAGAACCUCGAGAACUUGAUCGAGUUGGGCAUCAUAGAGUGUAGCCAUCUACAAGAGAUCCAAGGCCUUGAGACGCUCCUGCAGUUCAACAAGUUGAAGAGUUUACAGAUAGCAUCUUGCCCUCUUCUCACAUCGACAUUCCGCCGCGGUGGGAGGUUCGUCAACUCCUCUUUACAAGAACUGUGCCUCCGCAACUGUGGCGGCAGCAUACCUCGUCUCUCCAACUUCCCGAGUUUAAAGGAACUCGAAAUUGGCAAGAUCAUCGAUGAAGCCUCCGAGCAGGAAAUGGAAUCACGGCUAGAGGAGAUUGCCGGUCUGGGAGAACUGCAGGACCUGAAGCUGUAUGAACUGAAUUUGGUAGAAAGACUUCCGUCGUUGUCAAAGCUGCAAAAUCUAAGCCUUGUAGCCAUCAUCGACAUGCCGAGAUUGCGCGAGAUCCAGGGCCUUGCUGACCUGAAAUGGCUGGAGCGACUGGUGCUUGCCGGCUGCACGGCUUUGGAGCGGUUGAAACUGCCGGCCGCCAAUUUGAAGCUGCUGCAGGAACUGGACAUUCGAGGGUGUCAAAAGUUGCCUUCCGGCGAUCUCGAUGCUCUGAGGGCUAGUUAUCCGCCCGGUAAUCAUGUAAAAAUCAAAUGGCCGGACGAGGACUACGAAGCCGGCGAAGGCCUGCCGUCGAGUUCCCGGCUUUUCAACAGCGAGGAUUCAUCGGCAUCAACUUGAUCGAUCGAGUGCACUGCUACGUAAGUGAUCAUUCCAUCUGAAUUCAUGCAUUGCAUUGCAUGCAUGCUACUUCUUUUGGUCAGCACGUACGUACAAUGACGAUCGAGACUAAUUAACAAUUUCUUUUUUUUUUUAAUAUAUAUACAGAUGAAUGAAAGCUACGCUUUCCAUAAGCCAACUUCUCCGAUCAAAUACUUAAUCACUUCCACCAAAACUUCUACCUCAAUUUUUAUUUAUUCGUAUAUAAAUAAAUACUUUUAAAAACAACAUAAAAUGACUUAUGUGAAGCUCACUUUUACAUUUUAUUUAUUCUUAUUUUGUUCCUCCAUUUGAAACUAAAAUGUUCCUAUUUUCAAAGCCUCCCUUCCCCACCUAAAAUAAAAACUUGGUACCGAAAAUUCAUUCAUUUAAAAAAAUAUAUAUGCAUAUGUUUUAAUAAUAAUUUUUUUUUACUCUAAUAAAUCGUGAGCUCAUGUAAUCAUUGAUUCGUUUCAAAUAUUCAUUUAAUUUUAUUUGUUUUCAUCCCCAUAAAAUACCCCCUAAAAAAUCAUUGAAAAAAUAAAUCCAAAAAAAAUAUUAUUUUAAACCUUCUUCAAUAAAACUACCUUUUAUUUGAAACAAAUGGACUAUUUUCUUACACAAUUGGGACAGUCGAUGAUUUGAGAGCAGAGCAGUCGAGAGGCUUGAUUGGUUGGCGUGUUGUUCCUCCAGUUACGUUGAAGGUGACGCAUUGCUUCUCCCACCGAUGAAUAAAGGCUACUACGUACGUAGUCGGCAAGUCAUAUUAAAACUAUGUAUAUACAUAAUGCCACAAUGUGCGCAUAUGAAAUAAAGAUAUUGGAAUAAAAUUAAAAUGAAUUGUUAAAAUACACUGCGCUUGUAUGUAUUGCAACUUGUGAGAAGGAUGAUGAGGUAAGGCGAGAACGGAUCGGGUACAUAAUUUGGGAGUUACGCAUCAUGCACGGUUAAUUAUUAAGGAACUAUACAUCUUAUUCGUACUAACUUGAUUUUCUUCUUUUGCAAGAAAAAUCGAACUAGUUAUCCUGUAUAAAACAUCUUUACUGUUUUCAAAAUUUCGGUAAAACGAAUGAGAUAAGGGUGGUCCAAAACAAUUUACUCAAAAUAUAUUUAAAAAAACUGCACAUUAUUUUGAAGAUCACCUUAAAUCAGUUCUUUAUGUGCAAAAAAUUUCAAAUCUAAAAUGUAAAAGAGAACAGAUAUCGACUAAAAAUACAGAAAAAUUAAUAUUUUAUCAUCUCGCUCAUCGAAUCUCUGAUUCCAGUCAAAAUCAACGUACGAGAUCUGGCUAGGCAACCUACUCCAAAUUGAUUUUGAAGUGCAUGGAAACACAACUCGUUUCUUCAUGUUUAAGUAAAAGAAUAAGAUGCCUUACUUAUUAUACUAUGGGAGGGGAAAAAAGGGAGUAAGAGAAUAAUAAGAUAAUUUAAUCUUU